AUGCACCGGAAUGCUCAUGAAUCAUUGAGGGAAUCAUGGCAUGAAGAUCUCGGAGAAGCGAGUGCUGAAGCGGCACUCGUAAUCAAUGAUGUGAGCAAAGUAUGGGAGACCACAGGCGAAGUUGCAGUGAAUGGUCUUUCAAUGAAAGCUUAUGUAGGAGAUGUCACCGUACUUCUCGGUCAUAAUGGGGCUGGCAAAAGCACGACAUAUAAUAUGAUUUGUGGUUUUACAAGUAUAACGACAGUGAGCGAGGAGCCAGAUUCGCUCUAUCUGCCGGACUGUUAA